UAAAAAAAAAAAACUCGCUCGGCAAUUUUGAAAGAGAUCUCAGCGCCGGCGGUGGGAAUGAAGGUUCCUGCAAAUUGCGCUCAGUGACGAAUUGCCCCCGUUGCUCGACUCUUAGUCGGACGCGGUGUUUGCUCUGCGCGUCACUCUCUCGGUUUCGAGUCAAUUUUUGACCAGACACAGGCGAGCGGCAUCUCUCGCCGCGCCGCGCGAAUCAAUAGGGACGGCCGCGAAGGAAGCCUCAACUCCGUGACGGAGCCGCACCGCAACUUACGCACCACCAACUCCGGGAGGAGGAGGGAGAGGAAGCAGAAGAGAAGCUCGUGGAGUGUUUAGGGGUUUUUUUUUGAAGAGUUACCAAAAAAGAGAAAGAAACAACAGAACCCUUGCGUUCGCGCGCGGGGAACCCUCCGUUCGCAAGUCACGGACACGGCGAGGCGAGCAGCGUCUCGCUGUGCGCGGCAGUGCGAGUGAAUGGAUCAGGACUACAAAGGCGCAGAGAUCCCUGGUGAGAAGGUAGGGCUGCUGCAGGAUCCCGCGCGACCUCCCAUGGGGAUGGUCUUCCACGGGAACCUGAGCUUCCCCGGGCCGGGCUCCAUGCAGCCGAUCUUCGGCGCGCGCUCCUAUCCGCUCCACGCCGACCAAGUGUCGAUGCCGACUACGCCAUCGGCCCUCGACCGCGACUCCCCGACGCUCGACCCGCUGCGCUACAUUCCACAAUCGCUGAGCGGCCACGGGGGGUCCGAGCAGCAGGCCUCUUUGCCGGUCUCCCUGCCGACCUCGGUGCCGGCGCUGAUGGCGGGCAGGCACCAGCAGCACCUGCACAACCCGCACCACCACCAUCACCCGCAUCCCGUCGGCACCGCGCCCUCGGCCUAUCAGUACCAGCGCUCGCCCGCCGAGUGCCAGGUCACCCCGUCGCCGCUCUAUCCGACGUGGGCGCAGAUGGACUACCAGAGGGCCGCCGUGCUCGGCGGCCCGGCAGACGGUGGCUUCUCCGACCAGAGGAUGGGCCCAUAUGGCCACCACCACCACCACCACCACGCGGCGCCCUACUACAGUCCGCCCUACAGCAGCGGAGCGCUCAACCACGGCCUCGCCAACAUGUCCUCGGCCCUCGCACUGGGUGGCAUCGCGGGCCACUGGUCGCAGGCGGCGCAGGGCACUUCGUGCGCGUCGCGGCCGCGCAAGAAGCGCGUCCCCUACAGCAAGCAGCAGAUCUCCGAGCUGGAGAGAGCCUUCGACGAGAACCGAUUCCUCACCCCGGAGCUGCGCCUCAGCAUCUCGCACCGGCUCAGCCUCACCGAGCGACAGGUCAAGAUUUGGUUCCAGAAUCAGCGGCAGAAGGAGAAGAAGCUGAUGCGAAGGCAGCAGAGUGGAGCCGCGGCCAACGCCUCCAACAUCAACAACGGGAGCGGUGGCACGACCGGCUCGGCCACUCUGCCGUGAGACUCUCGCCUCGGCCUCUCCUCGCCCGGCUCCCCACGUCUCCCCCCCCCCCACCCACAACUCUCUCUGUCUCAGUUAUCUUUAUAAAUACACCGCCCCCAACGCCUCUACUCCACACCGAUCCCGCAACUGUGGCGAAAUGCGCUUACACUGUAGCGCCCAAUGAAUGGCAUCGUCACCACCACCACCACUACGACCAUCAUCGUCAUCGUCGUCGUCCUCGUUGUGAUUGAUCAUCGCCGUGGAACCGACCUCGGGACCGUCCCGAGGGCCAGCCGGUCGCUACGACGCAUCUGUGGGCCCGCGACAGCCGGGACGCUGCUUGUGCGAGACGCACGGAGGAGGAGGAGACGCGGUUGUGUGUGUGUGUGGUACGUGUGUUACUUGACUGUGCCCCAAGCUGCAGAUGUGCCUGUGUGUGCGUCUAAUAUAUGAGGUUGACUCAGCCUCAAAUGAUGACCUGGUGCGGUGUGUAAAAUUAAAAAAAAACAUCGCCACUGGGGAGACAAAGGCGACCGGGCGUGGUAUCUGGCAACUCACUGACACCCCUCCCCCUUCUCCCCACUCGUGUGCCGUGCCGGCCUUCAAAGGUGCUUCUUAACAGCAAUUGCCCCUAACAGUAUGUUAAGGCUAUACGGGGGAUCUUUGUCUUCGUGUGUCUAUGCAAUGCGAGAAAUAUUCACUGAAGGCAAAACGAAACUUUAACUCGGGGUCGUUCUGACUUCAAGAUGCUGAAGAUGUUGCAAAUUCCGCGGAAGAACUUUACACUAUUAUAAGGACACUUUUAUAUACAGUAUAUAUAUAUGUGUGUGUGUACUCUGCAUUGCUCUGCUCUGAAAUUACAGUUGAUACCGGAUUGUGUGUAGUGAGUAACUGCGUAUUGUUAGUGAGUACUCGCUGUGGUAGCGAAUAUACUGACAGUGUGCCGUAAUUUUAAAUUUUUGUUUUCAAAGAAUCAAAACGCACUAAUUUAAUGAUGGUAAAUACUAUAUAUUGUCUCGCCUGCCCGUCCGAAUGUUAAGGGACAGCGUGUGACACUCAGAGCAGAAUUAAUUGGCAAUGCAAACAAGCCUUCCUGCAACAACAACAACAACAACAAACCAUGCGUGAUGUUCAAUUGUCAUUGGGAUAAAUUAUCCACGAUCAUUCGUGAGUCUAUUGUUAUUUAAAGUUGAUUUAUUUUUUUGCUAUCGUUAUUAAUAUUUUAUCCGUGUUCCACUUGCCACGUGGAGGCGAGCGUCUGUCUGUGUGACGUGUAAAUACACUCCAAAUUAGGACCGCAUAUAUUAACAAUCUAUACCGACGUGUCCUGCCGUAGUAACUCUCUGAUCUUGUAAAACCUGUCAUGUGCAGCGUAUUAAUUAGGGUGUCACUCAUUAACAUGCAAAUGGCGGGAAACAGAGUUAAGUUAAAACAAAUACAAUUACACUCUCUGAAUGUGAUACUUUGAUGUAGAAGUCGACAGCUGAGGGUGUUAUUCAAAUAUGUUCAUAUUUACGGGUUACUCGUGAUGACUUGACACGACUUCUCUGCGUCUAUGCCUCUACUAUACCUCGACGUGUAUCCAUCUCAUUACUUCUAUUAAGUCGUUAAGCCAGCUGGCCAGCAUUUGUGCAAAAAACCGAGCCCACUUUUCACCCAGGCAACUGGACAGCACGGGCUAAUAAUAGUUACUAACCGAACAAGAACACUCACUGCAAUGCCAUCUCGAUUCCCGUUGAGUGACCAGUACAUAUUGAGGGGUGGUCUUCGAGUUCCCAGUGGCCUCAGUGUAACGGGUAAAAUCAGUGAAGUCAGGAGGAUGUCACCCUGACAAUACCAAACUUGAAUUCUGAGUGACACCCUGUCGUGUAUAAAUAUUAAAGACUGCGCUAUCCACAAGCAUGUAUACCAUAGCUAAUGUUAGGCGAGUGUU